AUGGCUCCAAGUGAUAUCAACGCCGCUUCCACCGUCUCCAUUGAUGUGCCAGUAUACUUUGGGCCUUUGUUCAUCGCGGUGAUGAUCGAUAUCUUCUUCUACGGCAUCAUCGUCACCCAGUCAUUCACGUACUUCACCACCUUCCACCGAGACCCGAAGUGGAUGAAGAUCCUCGUCACCCUCGUCCUGAUCCUCGACACGCUCAACUCUUGCUUCGACGUCGCCGUCGUGUAUGUGCCCCUCGUUCUAAAAUUCGGCAACAUAUCGGCUCUUCUGGUCACUGGAUGGACAUGCCAUAUGAACCCCACGGUGACGGGCAUCGUCGCCUCCCUCGUUCAAGGCUUCUACGCAUGGCGUGUCCACGUCAUCGCCCAAAAUCGUUGGAUAGUCGGCACCAUCUGUACGCUCUCCUUCGUUCAGCUCCUGGGCAGCAUCGGGACGACCGUCGCGGCCACACGCGUGCCGUACAUUCCCGACUUCCCAAAGCUCCAGUCGAUCGUCAUCGUCUGGCUCACCUCGGCGGUCAUGGCGGACUUGCUGAUCACCUCCACCCUCGUCCACUACCUCCGGAGCCGCAGGACGGGCAUGGAGUUCACGGACACGACCAUCAACAAGAUCACCCGCCUGACGAUCGAAACCGGGCUGCUCACGGCCGUGUGGGCGGUGACGGACCUGCUCAUCUACCUUACCGUCCUGGAGUCGGUCCACCUCGUCUUCAACUUCACGCUCUCGAAGCUCUACACCUUCUCCCUCCUCACCUCGCUCAUCGUUCGGCACCCAAUCCCGGACGAGGCCUCGCCCGAGGAGACGCGCGUGCACCAGAUGCCGCCGAGCAACCGCGUGCGUGUCUCCCCUUUCGCCCCCGCGGGGAUGGCACAACUCGCAGUUGCCGCUGCAGGCCUACGUCCCAGACGGCGGGGGCACGAGCUUGAGAAGGCGGAGGGCCCCGUGCGCUUCGUCGACGAGAAGGGGAAGUCGCGCCCGGCGUCGAGCGCGACGUGGGCCACCGCCGUGGACGAGGAGCGAAAGUCGCGCCCUCUGUCGAACGCCACGACCGUGACGAUUGUGGAGGAGAGAAGGAGGUCGCGCCCGCUGUCGAACGCGACGUCGUCCACGGCCGUCUGA